AUGAAAAUGACAACAACUUCGACCACUAAUGUAAAUGGUAAAGCUACCCCAGCUUUAAAGACUACUUUGUCCACUUCAAAUUCAAAUUCAAAUAGCCCACCUACUGCUCUUCCCCAAAAACCUAAAUUGACAGGCUGGGCGCAAGCUGCUGCCAAAGCCCUUCCAAAGCAGCAGCAGCAGCAGCAGCCACGAAGAGAUGAUUCCUCGUCACCACAGCCAGGUAACGGAAAGACUAAAGCCACUGUAUCCACCACGCCGUCGACUAACACUAAGGGAAGUUCCAGCGUUAAUGGAUCGUCCACGAAUAAGAAAUUCAAAAGAGCCAAUAAACAACCCUAUAACAGAGAUGAAGUCAGGUCUUACAUGCACAAACUGUUUCAAGACUACACCACAGGCGAAAUGAGUCAUUCAGUCAAGACUUAUAAACAAGUACUGUCUGAAACUGCAAGCGGGAGGGUUUCUACGGCCACCGACUGGGGCACUGUAUCAAACAGCAAAAAUAAAAACAAAAAGUACGGCUGUUUGACUGACAUUGCUAAAAUUUUGAAGAAUUAA